AUGGAGGUCGACCUUCACAUCACGGACAACCAGUAUCUCAUCGCUCUGACGAUCUUCUUCGUCCCAUAUUCGCUCAUAGAGCCCCCUAGCAACGUUUUACUGAAGCGUUUGCCCCCGCGCAUCUACUUGUCCUGUAUGAUGCUGCUCUGGGGCAUUAUGAUGACCGUGCAGGGCCUCGUCAGUAACUUCGGCGGUCUUAUGGGCAUGCGGUUCCUGCUUGGGCUUUGCGAAGGAGGCUUAUUCCCUGGAGUUACAUAUUAUCUCUCCUGCUGGUACAGGCGUGCUGAGUAUGGAAUUCGCAUUGCAUUCUUCUUCUGUGCGGCCACUAUCUCUGGCGCCUUUGGUGGUCUGAUUGCUGCUGCGAUUUCUGAUAUGAAUGGCGUUGGGGGGAAGACUGCAUGGGCAUGGAUCUUCCUAAUCCAAGGGUUUGUCACCAUCAUUGUUGGCGUCAUGUCGUUCUGGAUAGUACAGGACUUCCCGGCGACAGCUAAAUUUCUGACCGAAGAAGAACGGGAGUUGGUGCUUGAAAGACUGCAAGAAAUGGACUCUUUCUCUGCACCGGGUGAGAAAAUCAACCUGAAUUCGAUCAUUGACAGUGUCACUGACUGGAAAACAUGGGUUGGAGUGAUCAUUUACGCAGGCGUUGAGGUCCCCAUAUACGCUUCAGCACUCUUCACACCGUCUAUCAUCAAUCAAUUGGGAUAUACGGCAACUCCCGCCAAUCUUCUUUCAGUUCCUGUAGCUUUUGUCUCAAACAAUGUAGAGGGCUCCCUGAAGCGAGGAGUUACACUGGGUAUUGUCAUCGGCCUCGGGAACCUUAACGGUAUUGUUUCCUCCAAUAUUUAUCGCGCACAAUAUCAACCUUGGUACACCAUGUCCCACGGCAUCGUACUGCUCUACGUACUGCUCAUCUUCAUCGGAACGGCAGUGAUGAUGUUUUUGCUGAAGCGGGAAAACGACGCCCGUGACCGAGGAGAGAGGAACGAGACAAUAGGAGCCCAGAGUGACGGUGCUAAGAACCCGAAUGGCACUUUUGGCACAGUACAGGAAGCAAAGUUGGCAAAAGGAGACUAUUGGAGCGGGUUCAGAUACACGCUGUAA